UCAAAAUUUACUGAUGAUAAAAUCACCAAAAAAAGCUACAUAUCUGUCAUUAAUUCUCUGGCAUGGAAAAAAAGAACCAAAGAAACGUCUGUAGCUCCAGAUGAAAUUUCCGAAAAAAAUCUCACAUUUUUUCAAAAAAUAAUAGUUGCUUUGAAAAAAAAUCUUGUAUGGCAAAGUAGUGGACAAUCUAUAACUAAGUCAGAAAAAAAUCUUUUGGAUCCUGGUUUGCGUAAGGCUAAAAUUAGGGAUAAAUAUAGCAUCUACUUUCCGACAGAUGUUGUUUCGUACAUUGAAAGAAAGUCUACUACUGAGUCUGGUCACUCAGAUUGGAAAAUAUUAGUGAAAAUGGCUCUUCUGGAAGUUUAUGAAUCAGACAUUGUGAAUUAUUCAGCAAAAGGUACCAGGUGCAAUAAAAAAACGGGUAUUGAUCCGUCAGUGUAUAAUGCAAUUUUAGAUUGGGCACGAUCUAGGACUUCAGAAGAGAUCCAAGAGAAAGACUUCGUUUAUUACGUAAAUAAAUUUAUUUAUAAUAAGAGACAAUAUUCUGGAGGCUCUCUUUCAAAAAAUGAGCCGACAACAGAAAAUAAAGGAAACAUCCAGUUAGACAAUCAACAGAAAUCAUCAAUCGGCAAUACUCUUCAUAACCUUCCUGAAAAUAUAGAUGAAGUGCCUUUGGACAAUAUGCCACCGAGUAAUUUAAAUUCCUCAGACCAGGUUCACCAUAACGUGAAUAAGGAAUUAAACCAUAAUAGAAACAUCGACUUGGACAAUCAACAGUUAUCAUCAAGUUGCAAUACUCUUCAAAGCCCUCCUGAAAAUAUUGUUCGUGCCAUCGGAGAACAUGUCACCAUAUAA